GUUUGUUCCGAUGUUCAGCUCUGAACCCACAGCAUCAGGAAGUAAAGGGCGGUGGUUGAGAAACGAAGCAGCAACUGAUUAGCUUGAAAAUUAUUUCCCCGUAACAAGAAAUAUACUAAACCAGCCACAAUGUCGAGCAAAAGGGCAAAGGGAAAGACCACCAAGAAGCGCCCUCAGCGCGCCACCUCCAAUGUCUUCGCCAUGUUUGACCAGUCCCAGAUUCAGGAGUUCAAGGAGGCCUUCAACAUGAUCGACCAGAACCGGGAUGGCUUUGUCGACAAAGAGGAUCUUCACGACAUGCUCGCCUCACUGGGGAAAAACCCAAAUGACGACUAUCUGGAGGCCAUGAUGAACGAAGCACCUGGACCAAUCAACUUCACCAUGUUCCUCACCAUGUUUGGAGAGAAGCUCAACGGCACAGACCCUGAGGACGUGAUCAGAAAUGCAUUUGCUUGCUUCGAUGAGGAGGGAACAGGUUUUAUUCCAGAGGAUUACCUCAGGGAGCUACUCACAACAAUGGGCGACCGGUUUACAGAUGAGGAGGUGGACGAGCUCUUCAGGGAGGCUCCCAUCGACAAGAAGAGUAACUUCAACUAUGUGGAGUUCACUCGCAUCCUAAAGCACGGUGCCAAGGAUAAGGACGAUUAAAGCACCUCGCACCAGAUUGUUUCCUCUGACCUGCCUCCGCCUCUCUGCCGUCAGCUAGAUCAUGCUGCAUGUCUCGACUUUACAGUAAAGGCCCCGUUAAUACAAACCAAAGCAAUAACUAUCCACUCUUGUUUGCUGUGAACUUGCAGUUUUGCCAAAUGAGUUUGUAAAAUCUCGUGUUAAGACGUGGCAGAACAUUAGUAGCUCUAAGGGAUUUAUGACUUUGCAGUUCAUGUGAUCACGUUUAGCUGAAUUUUUACAUUUAUAAUGUAAACUUUUUAAAAUAAAGCCCUCUAUCAAAUUAUAUUUUUCUGACUGUUUCCCUUCCAUAAAUUACAUGUGUAACGAAGUGCAUUAUUCUGCCCUUUUCCCCCCAUAUAAGUUGGUGCAUUCUUGUCGACCAACUUUGUCUUGACAAGUUUGCUCUCUUAUUUCACUAAAAUCAUUCAGCGUGUUCUGACUUGCACAAGCUGGAUUCUUUAAGAUCCGACUGGAAAUGGUGGUGGUUCUAGAGUGUGCUGUUGUGCCAGAGUGUGCCGAGUGUGCUGUUUCUUUAAACUUACAUAAAGGGAAGUGUGUGCUGAUGCAAAUAUGAACUGUCUGGUUUUGCUUGUUAAUCUCAAGUCUUGAGUAAUAAAACGUUUAAUCUAACAGACAAGGACAUUGAGCUGUAAAUGAAGACUGCCCAGUGUAUGACCUCAUUGAGUUUUGUCUUUUUGCUGAGUCAGAGCUCAAUUCAUAUAAUUCAAUAAAAAAAGUCACUGAUGGUUA